GAUUCUACUCACUUUCUCGAUUUGCAUUUCAGUCGUGCACCCCAAAUAUUCUGUGUUCAGUUUACAGACACUUUUUUGUUCUUCGUUUCCAGUCUUGAACUUUUAAUUUGGUAUCAGAUCUUUCUGUUAACACAAUCGAACAAACAAUGAUGGACAGCAGCAAUACCUGCCGAAUCACAAAGGAGGAAGCUGUGCCUUAUCAGAAACUAUCCAACAUCAUGAUGGGACUAGACACCCAGCCUAAACCGCAGAUGAUAACGCCCUACCGCUGCGACACCUGCGGAAAGUACUUCACCCAAAAACCUGGACUGAAGAAGCACAUCAGAAUUCACACCGGAGAACGACCCUACAAGUGCCCUAUCUGCAACAGAGGCUUCACGCAAUCUUCUUCCUGCAAAAUUCACCUCCGGACUCAUACCGGAGAGAAGCCCCACAAGUGUCACAUCUGUGGGAGAUGUUUCCCGCAUUCCAGCACGCUCGUAAACCACAUAAGAGGGCACACGGGCGAGAAGUGCUACAAGUGCCAGUGGUGCGGCAGGGCCUUCACUUGCAGGAACUAUCUCAGAACUCACAUCAGGGUUCACACAGGUGAAAGACCGUACAAAUGUGUAGACUGCGGCAAAGCUUUCUCUCAGCUCAGCAACUUAAUGCAACAUAACAGAGAUAUUCACACUAAAGAAAAGCGAUUUAAAUGCGAGAUUUGUGAUCGAGCCUUUGGAAGAUUAGAAACACUUCAAUGUCAUCUGAGAACCCACAUGGGAGAACACAGAUACAAAUGUGGGAUCUGUCAGAACACUUUCUCGCAGAAACCAUUAUUGAAGAUGCAUUUCAAGACACAUUUUGGAGAUCUUCUCACUGCAGAACAAGAAAAGAUUCUACUGGAAACAUCAGAACUUUUCAAUGAGAACAUCAUGAAUAUGAGUAACACUUCAAUGGACGGCACUGAGGGCGUUGGAACUUCUCAAGACCAGACUGUGCUGAUGCCGAAAAUAACCUCAACCUCCAGUUUCUCAACAAUCCUCCCUGAACAGAUGCAGAUAACCUCCAUAGAGUCUCCACCAGCAUCUCUCGUCGGGUCCCCUCAGAUCGCCAGUUCUCCUAUGAACUGCUCCCCACCAAACACCAUGUCACAAGGACCACCUCUCUACACGCCCUCCAGUAGUAACUCCCCCCAGUUCGGCUCCCCCGCUGCAGUCAUGAGAAACUACAUGCCUAGGAAGCUUGUCUCCCCUGGAGAAGAAACCCAGACCAGGAAGUCCGGACUGAGCUCCCUUCUGAACCCCAGAGACCUGGAGGAGACCUUGUCUAGUGUCUACGUGGUUGGUGGGGCGGCUAUCACUUGCAACCUCCUCCUUUGGACAAUACUCGCCGUCAAUGCAGUCAAGAACUACCAGACAGCUGUUGAGGACCACCUUGAGCAGUUUGGAGGCCUCAAGUGACCGUCAAGCGUCAAGCGACAGAGUGGGGCUAACGCGAUAAUUCCAACAUCCUACUGCAGCUAGACAGUGUCUUCCGGCAGUCACCCCCUGAUUGGACGCACACUGAAUAUAAAAAACACUCCGCAGCCGGUCUAAAACAUUUCACUUUGUGUAUCAGUGGUGUGCGAGAAUGUUUAUUUUGAAGACAUGUACUUAUUUCUGUUGUUGUUAUGAGUUUGCAGUUGUUUCCUGGGUGUCAGAAUAAACACACGCACUGUAGACGUAGUAGUUCGAGCUGCAGUCAUCCAUAGACUCUGUUUUGAACACGAUUUUUAGAUUAUUUAUUGGGCUAAUCAAUAUCUAUCUGUAUAAAUAUAAUUGUAUGUAAUCUUCAAAUGAUGUUGUAACUAGAAA